UCUCUGUCGAUUUUCUUUUUGGCUUGGUCUGCGGCGCAUGCGCCGACAUCCCGAUUCUUCUGCUCAUCGUCGAUUCUCCAUGUAUCAACCGCUGUUGCUGUUGCGAUGCGAUCCCACAGGGCUUCUCGAAUAUCAUGUGCUGGUUCAACGGCUCGCCUGACAAGUCCCUGCCAACCUUUGCCCUCUGGCCGCCGACCAUCCGGACGUACCACAUCAUCACGCCUCGUCUCCUGCAAACGCCAGCCGUGGAUCUGGGUUACUCCAAGGUGACUGCCCGUCUGCGACGUGCCGUCCUGUUGAUCAGCAGUCUCCAGUAUCGAUGCUACUACUGUGCCGCACAUACCGCUGCUACUGGCGAUAUGCUCCACGGCUCGUGGCGCUCCCAGGUCCGAAGCUCGUCGCGAGAAUCCGAUUACCGGCCGAUUGUCGAUCCUUUCGACAGCCGUCUGUCAGAGUACGAGAGCGAGGCCCUGUUCCUCGCGACAGCAGCCAGCGCCAUCCCAUCCAAGGUCACUCCGGACCUCAAGCGCCGAGUGCGGGCGCAUUUCAAGGGAGAAGAAUAUGAGCAGAUUGCCUGCAUCACUGCCUUCAUUGCCUGGACAAACGCCAUCACGGACUCGGUCGGUAUGGAGCUCGAAGCCGCUGCUCUGCUGUGGGCCGAGGAGCAGAUCUCCGACGCUGGCUGGGAGGGCCGCCGACACGCCCCAGAGACCUACGAUCCCGCCAGUCUCAAGAGCCGGAUUGAGCUCAAGCGCGAGGCCGAGACGCAAGAAACGACCCCGCACCGGGGCUUUGGUCGAGUCAUGGACCUUCUGCGGCUCUUGAGGAGCACUCAGGGCGCCAACUCAGCCGAAGCCGCGUGGCUCAAAGGGUUUCCAUCAGGCCACACCCAACUCAACAAGUGGCUCAAGUAUACCCUUGGAUUUGUCCCCGAGUAUCUUGGCAACAUGACCAACAAAGAGUCUAAGCGGGCGGUCUGCUUUGCCCUCUGGCAGUUCCUCCUGCGACCCAAGAACCACGUCGAUCCCUGCGUGACCGCCAACGGCGUAUCCGAGUGGUCUCACGGUGCCAAGGUGCUCCUCUGGUACGUCUACACCACCAAGACGGGCAACCUUCUCCUGCAGGGCCACGCCGCCUUCCUGGCGCAGCAGAUGCGGGUGCCGCACCACAUCCUCUCGAUUGCGGCUGCUGGCGGAUGCAUCGGCGACCCGCGCGUCGACAUCGCCCUCGACUUUAUCCGCACCUCGGCCUCGCUCAAGCGCACCUACACCGGGCAGCUGUCGCUCAAGCUCUUUGAGAGCGUGGCCAGCCCCGCCGGUGUCAUGGAGCUGGUGUCGUCUCUGGGCCUGUUCAACAUGCUGCAUAGGCUCUCGGCCAUCCUCGCUCCAGACCCGCCGCGCUUCGAGCCCGAAGUCAAGUACUUUUUGUCGACGGUGGGAGCAGGGCUGGGUCUCGACCCCAGCAAGGCCGGCCCGCAGCGAGACCAAGACGCUGAGAAUCCCCUGCAGUUUCUGCUGUAGAGACCCAGACGGCACCGAAGGACCAAAGGACCAAAGGACCAAAGGACCGACUAUCCGAGGAUCAGCAAUCAAGCGGCCGCGAUGUGUAUACCACAGGCGAUGAUGUAUUCGCACUCCCGUAUCUUUCGCGGGGGGGGGCUGCCGAGGCGUUUCUGGGUUUC